AUGGACCUGCAGACCAAAGACUUCCACCACCCUUACUCGCCCUAUAACAUUCAAAUUCAGUUCAUGAGAGCGCUUUACACGUGUCUUGAGGAUGGAAAAGUAGCAAUUUUUGAAUCCCCAACGGGCAAUGACGAGAGUGAGCCAGACUGGAUGCUGGAAUUUGCCAAGAGCGAGUUGAGUCGCUCAAUGCUCGAGAAAAGGAGGGAGCUCGAGGAACGUUUAGAGAGGACAAAGGUCAAAGAAGAGAAGCAAAUCACUGUGGUGAAAAAUCCAGAAGGACCCCGAAAAAAGCAGGCAUCCACUGGGCUGCCCUUGCACGAAGAUCAAUUCCUUCUAGAUGAAUAUGAUAGCGACAAUGAUCAACCAGGUCUUUCAACCAAGCACUUGCGACCUGACAGUGGACUCUCUUCCAGCACACUUGAACUGCUUAAAAGGUUCGGAGGGCAAUCUACUGCUAAAUGCGAUGCAGACAGUGACCAAGACGAUGAGAUUAAGAUCUUCUUUUGUUCUCGGACUCACUCUCAACUAUCCCAGUUUGCAGGUGAAUUACGACGCAUUGCCAUGCCAUCGAGUAUUCCAGAAGAUAUGGUACCUAGUAGUGAUGGAAGCAAGGCCUUGGAGGAACGCAUUAGACACCUCUCCCUCGGAUCCCGGAAGAACCUUUGCAUCAAUACACGGGUAUCUUCACUUGAGAAUCCAACAGCAAUCAAUGAACGUUGUCUCGAAUUGCAGCAACCUGGAGUAGCCACAAAACACAAAUGCCCCUAUCUUCCGUCAAAAGAAGACGAGACACGUGCUAUUAGGUUCCGCGAUCAUGCACUUGCGACUGUGAAAGAUAUUGAAGAUUUAGGAAACGUCGGAAAGGAGAUUGGAAUAUGUCCUUAUUAUGCUUCUCGAUCGGUCAUUAGACAUAGCGAGGUGGCCAGAGAAGCACUUGGACUGUCAAUCAAGGGCCAUAUCAUCAUCAUUGAUGAAGCACAUAAUCUGAUGGAUGCGAUAUCCAACAUUCAUUCCGCAACUGUGACACUUUCCCAAUUCGAGUUGUCCAUCUCACAAUUGACGGCCUACGCCCGCAAGUUUAAGACCCGUUUGAAAGGACGAAACAGGAGCUAUAUUGCUCAGAUAAUCCGGCUCCUCGGCUCAAUUACACAUCACCUUCGCUCUGUGCUGGCCGGCAAUGGGCCACCUGAAGGGCGUGUCCUGCCUUCAGAGCUCAUGUCUGGGAAGGGCGUGGACCAGAUUAACCCCUACAAACUAAGUCGAUACCUCCAGGAGAGUAAACUCGCCAGAAAAGUCGAUGGGUACGUCGAAUUCACGAAAGAAGCAACAAGAGCCAGGGCUUCUGGGAAAUAUAACACACCUAUACUGUUCCACAUACAGGAAUUCCUGCUGUCAUUGAUGAACCCGUCUGCUGAGGGGCGAUUAUUUUAUCUGAAAGACAAGGAUGAAAUUCAGUUGAAAUAUAUGCUUCUUGAUCCGACAAACCAAUUCCGCGAUAUCGUUGAAGAUGCCAGAGCUGUCAUACUGGCUGGUGGCACGAUGUCCCCGAUGGCAGACUACAUGAAUCAUCUGUUCUCAUAUGUCCCCUCUGAACGAAUCAAUACCUUCAGUUACGGCCAUGUCAUUCCGUCGGAGAACUUGACUGUACACACGUUAGGGCGUGGCGUACAAGGCUUGAAUCUCGAGUUCACGUAUGGGUCUCGAAACUCCGAGGCGAUGAUACUUGACCUCGGUCGAACAAUAGCGUCCGUCUGCAAUGUGAUUCCUGAUGGCGUUGUUGCCUUCUUCCCCAGUUACGAUUACCUGGGCCAGGUGUUGAACGUGUGGAAAAAGCCGAUAGAAGGCGAGCGGGGCCAGAGCGUAUACGAGCUAAUCUAUAGAACGAAGCCGGUCCUCUCUGAGUCACGAGAAAUGGCUGAAUCAACAGAAGAGUUGCUUCAGAGGUACGCCGAGCUCAUUGAUUCGAGUAGUGGUGCGCUACUAUUGUCCGUGGUGGGUGGGAAGCUGUCCGAAGGGAUCAAUUUCUCCGAUCGACUUGGACGUGGCGUAGUCAUCAUCGGACUGCCGUUUCCGAACAUUCAGAGUGCCGUCUGGCAAGCAAAAAUUGAGUAUGUUGAACAGAAAGCGUUUGACCAAGCAGUUGGUUCCGAAGCCAGUCGGCGGUCAGCCGCCAAAGCUGCAGGGAGAGAAUAUUACGAAAACGCUUGUAUGCGGGCAGUGAAUCAGUGCAUCGGACGAGCUAUCAGGCAUCGCAAUGACUACGCCGCUAUUGUCUUGAUGGAUAGACGGUAUGAUCGAACCAAUAUCAGUGGAAAGCUUCCGGCCUGGAUCAAGCAGAGCAUGGCCACUGCUUCUGUUAAUCAGCCCGCAGGUAAGGCGAUUCAGAGCCUGUCUGAUUUCUUCAGAGGUGAUAAGCAACGUAAGGAUAGGAGACUGACAUUUCUGUUUUCUAGCCGCGGUCAUGUUUCCGCCGGUUACGGUCGCAUUGGCAAGCACCGUAAGCAUCCCGGUGGUCGUGGUAUGGCCGGUGGUCAGCACCACCACCGGACCAACCUUGACAAGUACCACCCUGGUUACUUCGGUAAGGUCGGAAUGAGAUACUUCCACAAGACCCAGCAGCAGUUCUGGAAGCCCACCAUCAACAUCGACAAGCUGUGGUCUCUCGUUCCCGCCGAGCAGCGCGAUGCUUAUGUGAGCGGCCAGAAGACCGACACCGCCCCUGUCAUCGACCUCCUUUCCCUCGGUUACUCCAAGGUCUUGGGCAAGGGCCGUCUCCCCGAGGUUCCCAUUGUCGUCCGCGCCCGUUACUUCAGCCGUGACGCCGAGAAGAAGAUUAAGGAGGCUGGUGGUGUCGUUGAGCUUGUUGCUUAA